AUGGCGGCUUCGGCAGACGAGUUGGUUGUUCUGCUACAAGCAGUAGCAGAACUGAUACGCGAUUACGACGCGAUUGAAGAGGGGAGUGAUGAUGUGGAGUGCCACAUCGUCAGCCUGCUGUUGGCCCGGCUUCUGAGGCAGGAUCGGCACCGCGUCCCAUUAUACGUCGAGCGGGUUGUUCCUGCGUAUGUGGACCUCGAGUUCAAAAAGAUGUUUCGACUGUCGAGAAACACAGCUGCGGCUCUUGUCGAAGAGUUUGAAAGGUCCUCAUUUCAUCCGCAGGGCUCGCGUGGACGAAUGAAACUGUCAGCGGAGAAGACCGUGCUCAUCGGACUGACUUAUCUCGGUACGCAGACGACCAUGUAUGCCAUUGCGGACAAAUUCGACGUCAGUGAGUCGAGUGUACACGGCGCAAUCCGGCGUGUUCUCGACUUUCUCGUCUCCAUCAGUGAGAGGGAGAUAAAGUGGCCGGACGGCAACGACAUCGCACGAAGCAAGCGUGCAUUUCGUGCGCUGUUUCAACGACAAGGGGUGGAAGCCGGCCUUCCAGACGUCAUUGGGGCCCUUGACGGCUGCCACAUCCGCAUCUCUCGACCGUCAGAAUCGGAGGAGAGCUACUACAACAGAAAAAAGUUUCACUCCGUAAUACUACAAGGUGUCUGCAACGCCGAGCGGGUGUUCACGCAUGUGUUCAUCGGCUUCCCGGGCCGCGUGCACGAUGCCCGUGUACUGGAGGAAAGCUCUCUUUUCCGGGAUGGAGAAUUGAAAUGCGAAGGAGGCUACCUGAUCGGUGACAGCGCCUACCCGUUGAUGCCUUGGCUGCUGCCUCCUUACCGUCAAUGCGGAGCCAGCUGGCAGCCAUGGAUGGAGACCUUUAACGCAGCGCAUUGCCGGCAACGGGUCGUCAUAGAAGGAGCUUUCGGUCUGCUAAAGACCCGCUUCCAACGGCUCAUGUAUGUCGACGUCGCUACCAUCCCACAAACUGUGGACAUCGUGAUGGCGGCCUGCGUUCUGCACAACAUUGCCAGCAGGAGCGGCGACGAUGUGAAUGACGAGCAACCUGUGGACCAUGACGCAGAUGUUUCGUCGAAAGAACCGGAAAGUGGAGCAGUAACAUCGGUCCUUGCGAAAACUGUGCGCGACACCGUUGCCCAGGCUCUGUAGCUUUUUAUCAUGAGAAGACUAUGAUAAGAAUCCUUUUUUUUGUGGGCGCAGAUCAUUCUUUAAUAUUUUGUUCAAACUAGAACCGCCCCUUUAGUCGUGCCUACAUAUAUACGCUGUAUUAUUUUUAGUGCGCACUAAACAGUUGAAAUGGUUG